CUAAUCUAACAACACCACCUUGUAUGAAAACGCCUUGGGUUAAUGUGUGCACAAUUGUUUUUGUGUGUUUUAGGCCAUUAACCGUAUAAACAAAACCGUCAUUGUGAAUACCAACACUACAGGAUUUUUCGGCAAAAUAUUAUCCCUGCAGGACUUUGUGAAAUACUUCAACUAUACUGUGCUUUAACUAAAAAGAAAUUAUUCAUAAUUAAAUACACUGAUAAAAUGGCUUGCCGAUUGUGCUUAAAAAAACCGGGAGAUUUUUUGGAAAUCUUCAAAGAAAGUGGUGAAUUAGUUGAAGGGGGUGCCAAAGAAAUUAUAGAGAAAUACUUCCAAAUUCAGAUUACAUUCAACGAUGAAAUCUCAAAUAAAAUUUGUUUGGUUUGCUGGCGUUAUCUAAACGAAUUCCACAGAUUUUGGUUGAACAUUAAAGAGAAGCAACAAACACUGCAAAUCGUUUUUGAUUGUAUGAAGAUUAAACGCGAAGCGUCGAAAGACAGUGCCUAUGAAAUAAAUUCAACAUUUGAUGGAAAAAAUAAUAUAUUGUGUGAACCUGAGUUAAUCAUAGAUGAUAUUAAGGGGGAACCGAAUUUAGCUGGGGAUUUUGAUGAUAGUAUGAAUGAAGAUUCGUCAUUGCUGCUUCCAAAAAGUUCCGAUGAAAAAACUACACGUGGAAGUUGGGACAAUACUAGACAGCUGCAUACUGAAAUCCAAGAACUAAAGAGCAUUGUUGAAAACCAAAACAUGAUGAUUAUGGGAGAAUUGACAACUCACAAUGUUUUAUUAAAUCAACUUUUGCACCAAGAAUCCAUCACAGAUGACGUCAUUCAAGUCUUCCCUUUAAAAUCUUUGGAGGAUGUAGAUAAAAUUAACAUAGAACUAUCUGGGCCAAACAAAGCAGUUUAUGCAAAAGCAAUAAAGUCACUAUUAAAGGGAAAGCUGACAAAAAAAUUGGAUACUGUAAUGUCUAUGGACCUAAUAAUAUCAUUUAAUAUAGAUGGAGUUCACGGAAAACAGAGUUUGAAAGAAUAUAGAAAUUUUUUCGAAAUUUUGUUAGAUGCGAUCGAUGCCGCUGACCCUGUGCAAGAACUUCGAACAGCAUUAUCCGUAGUAAAAAAACGAUACUUUCACAAAAUUUGCAUCCAGAAAGCAGCAGCUAAAGCAAAACCAACACAGUAGUAUCAUCGAAUCAAUAUUGCCAGUUCUUUUUUGCCGGUUGUUUCAGGAUCUGAGUUUUUACCUAUGCUUAUGUAAACAUAAUAUACUUAAAUAUAAGUAAUUAUAUUAUAUUUUCUCAAAACAAGUCAAUUAAGAAAAUUUAAAGAAUGAACGGACUUUCAGCAACGUCAUACUUGCACUUUACUAUACUAAAAUUUAAUGGGAUAUAAAAUAGCAAAGACUGUGAAGAUAUAAAAAAGUCACUGUACGCACAAUAAAACCAAAUAUUAUUAAUUAAAUUAUUCCUUACAAAUAGAGCUCGGAAUCUCAUCCAAAUGCAUGUUUUUAUUGGGCAUCAUCAAAUGGAAAUGGUCUUUACGAAUCAUGAAAUUUCCUUUAAAAUGGCAUUCAAUCGUUAGUGCAUAUUUUGCAAAAAGUACCUGUUUAUGCAUAUUCUUUGCGCAUAUUUUAAUAUAUUUUACAAUAAAUGCAUAUGACUUUUGCAUAUUUUUAUUUAUUUUUGUUUAUUUACAACCAAUUAAAUUUAGUGCGAAACCUCUUGACAAAAAAUUGUCUAUAAUUUUACCAAAUAUGCAUCUAACCACUGUAUUAAACUGUCAAUAUUUUUGUUUACACAAGAUCAUCAUACAGUUUCAUAAGUAAAGUAACUCUUCUUCUUACCGUUUUUCCUGGCAGGCUGUAGGUGUGUUUUUGGUUAGUGUAUUGGUGUUUUCGGUUCAAUGUGUUAGUGUAUUUUGAAUAAAUUGUAAUAGAAAUGGAAGAAAUUAUAAUAGAAAUGAAAGAAAUUGUAAAAGAUA